CCCUGAGCUGAUUUUCUAAACAAAUUUUGCGUUCUGUAAAAAAAUUUUAAUUCAAACUCUCACAAUAUCUCGCAUAAUUGUGAAUUCAAAAUGGCUUCCGGGAUUUCGAGAAAAGAAUGAAAAUUUCCUUAUUUUCCAAUAUUGUCAACGUUUCCCGAGCUUUCUUGAAAAAGUCGAUACACACAACAACAAUCGAAAUGUCAAAGCCGAAGCUGAUAGUGUUCGAUCUUGACAUGACGAUGUGGCCAUUCCAUGUAGACUGUAUGGUAGACCCACCAUUUCGAAAAAAUCGGGAUGGUAAAAUCUACGAUAAUUACAAUAAACACAUCAAACCAUUCCCCGAUGUGCCCAAUAUAUUGGAGCAACUCCACAGUGAGGGCUACAAGCUAGGAGCUGCUUCUAGGACAACAUGUACGGAUGAAGCUAAGCAGUUAGUGAAGCUUCUUGACUGGGAGAAAUACUUCCAUUACAAGGAGAUAUACCCUGGCUGUAAGGUCGCCCAUUUCAAAAGAUUCCACGAAGACAGCGGUAUAGCAUACAGAGAUAUGUUAUUCUUUGAUGACGAAUACAGAAAUAUCGCUGACAUAAGCAAAUUAGGCGUCACUUGUAUAUACACAGAGAACGGAAUGAGUUUCCCAGAGCUCACAAAUGGAUUUAAACAAUUUAAUGACAAUCAAACAAAACAAUCAUCAACUAAACGUUCUUGA